GGAAGCUUUGUUUCUAUUCUUUUACACAUUUUAACGGAAUGGAUUCUAAACCAAAAGAACCUGUAGGGCCAUGCAAUUUAGAGUAUAUUAGGCGUUAUACACAAGCCUUUAACUAUCCAUUGGAAAAGAUGUGCGAUAUGUCUGAGGAAAUGCAGACGGAAUGUAAGGAAAUUUCAGUUAACGCGCUUGAAAAGUAUGAAAACAAUUAUGAACAGGCAGCAAAGCAUAUAAAGGAGCUGAUGGACAAAAAGUUCGGCCCCUCUUGGCAUUGUGUUAUAGGAGAAGGAUUUGGAUUUGAAAUAACGUACGAGCUAAAGCACCUCCUAUACAUGUUUCACAAAGGGUACAUUGCAAUAGUUGUCUUCAAGGGUUUAUAACUUAUAGCUUUGCCUUUCUCCCAUGUAGAUACUUUCCCCCCUUUUCUUUUGUACUAUCAAUGUUAUUGUAAA